AUGGUGGUGGUGCGACUCGGCAUUCGCCUUCGGUUUACGAAGGUGCCUGGUGUACAAGGGGAACGGGUGUUCCGCGACACCAUGACCGUGACAGAUCCACACGAUUAUGGCUACCAGGGCAUUAAAGACGUUGUAGAGAAAAAGCUUCGCUUUAUGGACGUUCCACCGUGCGACUUUACUGUCUUCCACAGGGACAGUAAGACGGGCGACACGAUCGUGGUGGACGAUCCCUAUUGGGGCGAACUUUUGACGGCAUUGGUGGAUGAGGCGGCUGUAACAGCCACAGGGACAAAUAGAGAGACUUUGACCGGUGACAGAGUUGAUGGCCGAGGCGAGGAGGAGGAGGAGGGAGGGGAUGAGCCUAUCGUAGAGAAGGCCGUCUCAUUCGACGUGGAGGUACACCGUGAACGACCCUUAGAGCCUCCUUCAAGCGGUGGCCCAGCAGGGACGGUGAUGCCUCUCACCUCUGAGGCUCUUCAGGCCCAUACCACAGAUGGUGUGUGCCUUCCCAUUGCCGCCCUGACGUGUCCACCCAAGUAUCCCAGGUUUUUUCAUUCGGGGUGUGGUCAUUGCGAUACGUUUCAAGACCCCAAAGCCGAAUGUGUUGGUGUGUGA